UCCAAUCACUCGUCGUGGUCAUGUUCGGUGAGUACCACUCACGUCUGAUCCUUGCUGACCACCUUGCUUUCUGGGAAUGGUGUGGCAUGUGCAGAAUAUCACAUCCAGGUCUGAUCGUGCUUGUGCCCCGGUCCCGCACCAUCUCAUUCGGUAAGUGCUUUCAACGAUCGCUUACCCUGUUUGGUUUGUACUCACGUUUCCGGUGCGCAGACACGUUCUCGCUGCUUGCAAAAUGUGCAGCCUGUGAAUCGAUCAGCAAUCAAGCAACAGAGUCCUAAUUGAGAAAGACGGUCGCGC